AUGACGGUGGAAAACUGUGAAGCGGGCUGUCUCUCCGCUGGAUAUCCUCUGGCAGGUGUCGAAUAUUCAGGACAAUGCUUCUGUGACACCGCUCUGCAGAACGGGGGUGGUCCAGCGUCGGACGGCAACGCACAUUGCACGAUGACCUGCAAUGGCAACCCGCAGGAGACUUGUGGAGGGCCAGACCGGUUGAAUAUCUACCGGUAUACCGUUACAUUGUCCACGGCUGCCUCUGUUACGAUACCAGUCACCACCCUCCCGGCAUCAACGACGACGAGUGUCCCUGUCGUCACGGCCCUUCCCACGGGAUGGACCUACGCAGGAUGCUAUGAGGACAAUCUGAAUGGCCGUGUCAUGAUGAAUAUGCAGCCCGAAAACAAAGCCAUGACGGUGGAAUCCUGCGUGGCCACCUGCACACGACUCAACUACACCGUGGCGGGGAUGGAGUAUGCCUCUCAAUGUUUCUGUGAUCAGUAUGUACGUAAUGGAGCCUCGCUCCGGCCAUCGUCGGAGUGCAACAUGGCUUGCGCUGGCAACAUGCGUGAGAUGUGUGGCGGUCCCGAUCGUCUGAGCGUCUAUUAUCAGGGCAAUUUCACAGUGCUUCCUGUGCCCACACCACAGACAACCGAUCUGCCGGGUUCCUGGCAGUAUGUCGGCUGCCUACCGGACAAUGUCGAUAAUGCCCGCACUUUUCCUUACCAGAUUGUGUACAAGCAUAACAACAGCGCCACAACCUGUCUGAGCCGAUGCGCGGCAUUUGGAUUCGGGGCUGCAGGAAUGGAGUUCGGCGAAGAAUGUUACUGCGGCGAUGCUAGCAAUGCAAAUGGCCUGCAGCUGCUCCCCGAAUCCGAAUGCACCAUGCCAUGUCCCGGCAAUCUACGGGCCAUCUGCGGUGCGGGUGCCCGCAUUACCUACUAUCGCUGGACAGGGACACCACUGCAGCAAUGGAGCCAUCCUGUCGGGUCAGCAGCCGGUCGAUAUGAGUUUCUUAUCGGCGGCGUCGUGGUGCCUUUGAUGACCACCCUCAAUAUCAAUGGGAAAGUCACCUUCCUGGAGAAAUUCGGCACGGGGGCGCCCAACACCACCGGGGCGUAUGAGUUCGAUCCGGCCUUCGACAGAAACUUCAGCCUGGCGUGGCGGCCGAUGCACGUAAAAUCAGAUAUCUUUUUGUUCCGCUGGCCUGGUUUUGCCGGACAAGAAUGGGCGCUGGUAUCCUACUGGGAUGAUCAUGACCAAUGGGGGUCCGUCCUCGUAGUGGGUGGCGAGAAUGGAUCCAACGGGCCUCCAGUUCCUACCCUUGAGAUCCUGCCUCGAGCAGGCCCGGUACUCUAUAUGGACUGGCUGAAUCGAACAGAUCCAAAUAAUCUCUAUCCUUUCAUGACGCCGUUGCCGGGAGGCGGUAUCUUCGUCGCGUAUUACAACGAGGCUCGCAUUCUCAACGAGAACACCUUCACCACAAUCAAGACUUUGCCGAACAUCCCCGGUGCCGUGAACAAUGACGCCGGCGGCCGCACAUAUCCUCUCGAAGGCACCAUGGUGCUUCUGCCCCAGUCGGCUCCCUAUGUGGAUCCGCUGACGGUGCUCAUCUGCGGUGGUUCAACCCCUUUGGUGGUGACGCGAUCGAUAACUGUGUCUCAAUGCAACCGGAAGCCUCCAAUCCCCAGUGGACCCUGGAACGCAUGUUAUUGGAUAGCCCUCAAAAGAGUCCUCACCUGUAUGACAGCGCUACCCGAUGGAACCUAUCUCAUACUCAAUGGCGCGCACAAAGGCGUAGCGGGUUUCGGACUCGCCAAAGAUCCUAAUGUCAACGCGGUGCUCUACGACCCAUCCAAACCCGUAAAUCAGCGCAUGAGCGUGAUGGCUAACACAACAAUCGCGCGCAUGUACCACUCCGAGGCCAUUUUGCUCCCUGACGGACGUGUCCUCGUGUCUGGUUCGGAUCCCCAGGAUGCGGACUAUCCCGAGGAAUACCGCGUCGAGGUCUUCCUACCACCGUAUUUCCUCUCGGGGAUGCCGCGACCCAGUUUCACAAUCACUGAGCGGGACUGGGUGUAUGGACAGAACUAUCAGAUCACUAUCGCUUCAGGGAAUGUUUCCCGGAUUUCGCUGCUAGGAAUGGUUUCCAGCACUCAUGGGAAUAGUUUUGGCCAGCGUACUAUCUUUCCGGCGUAUUCCUGUAUCGGAUCGACGUGGUACGAUCACUGCGCCUCCGGAUGCGCAUACCAGUCCCCUGGGUGGUUUCAGCUGUUUGUGAUCGAUCAGGGUAUGCCUUCCAUAAGCCAGUUUGUGCGCAUCGGCGGCGACCCGGGACAUUUGGGGGCUGGCCCUCAUUUUCUGGUUUUUCUUACAAUCCUGCUCUGUGCUGGCUAUGUGGCUUCAAAGGUCGCUCCCUCCUGGCCUGCAUCCAUUGACGAGUUGGAGGAUAUUAUGUUCCUCCAGAGAGGCUAUCAGGCACGAGCCUUCUCGGCUGGUGUCACCCCAUGUUCUUUCUCGCAACAGGGUCCCUCACGAAUUGCCUCUGCUGAAUGGCUUCGGACUGCCUUCCAUGACAUGGCCACGGGGAGUAUCUACACCGGCAUCGGCGGACUAGAUGCCUCACUGGUGUUCGAGUUGGGCGGGGAUGGGGAGAAAACAUCGGUGCUGGCUUCAAUACUACCCUAG